AACCCAGUCGCCAUCUUGGCUCCUGGCAGUUUCGUGGAAGAAGAGGCUGAGACAGGAGACGUUGGGAGAGCAGCUUGUUCUCGUGAAAGGGAACAAAUAUAAAAAUAGUUUUUAAAAUAUUCCGGGUAACUGAAUUGUUAUUUAACUAAAUUGUGCGGUUAAUUGUGUAUGUUUCGGGGGGUGGGGUGUUAUUUACAGACUCUUCUAAGAUUUUAAGCUGUUUUGUCUCGUAUUUAGGCCGGAAGGCCUCUCUGAAUACAGCGUUUAAGAAAAAUAACGAAAAAGGCCCUAGUUUUUGAUAUUGUUCGUACAAUGAUUCAAAUGGUUCCUUAAAAGAAAUCGAAAUAGUACGUUUUUCUUUUUUGUAUUUUAAUUGAAACAUUUUGAUUAUCGAAUCUGGAAAAUUCUGUGUUUGUUUGGAAUGGGAAAGGAAGUGAUACAAAACAAACAGCAAAUUAUAGAUAUAGUGUAAAAAUAAAUAACAGAAAGAAACAGCAUGAUUAUAUGAAGUUAUGCAACAUUGUCAAACUGCGUUUACCGUGUAAGUGUUAAAUCUUAGUUGUACUGUGCCGUGUAUAGUUACGUAACUUGAUUCUGUUUUUUUCCUCUGACACUAAUACAUGGCGCUUUUCUUACUAAAAUGAAAUCGAAUAAAACACAAUAUUUCUACAUAAAGUAAUGAAGACUGUUUGAAAUUCUAGACCCCAGUCGUACUACGUCAAAAAUGAGAAACAAAUUAGAAAGUGAUUGUGAUUUUUUCUGUAGUACCUGCACAUUUUGUGGAAAAGCGUGUACUCCACUUUGUUGUACAAAAAGUCAGUUUUCUUGUUGCAGGGUCCUAUUUUUUAGUAUCGGGGAAGGUCCAGGGUAGAAAAAAAAAUGAGUAUUGCUACAAUGCAGUGAAUAACUUCAUUGGAUUUUGGUUCAUGCAGCUGAUUUAAGGCAUGUAAAACACAGGGUUUAUAAAAUGUCUGUUAAAUGGUUUCAUUCGAUGCCAGUGCCAAUUAAAUAAGUGCGCAAAGCAGUUACUAACACUGUCUAACCACAAAUGUUAAGAAUGGGGGAGUGUGUUUUGUUUUUUCAUCAGGUAAAAGAAGGAAGCCCUCCUAGAAGAUGACUGGAUUGGGAUCACAGUGAAUCAUUAAAAAAAAAAAAAAAAAAAAUUAAGAAAAAAAAAUAUCAGUAUUGGUCUUCACGACGUCUGAUCUGUCUGUUUUCCGGUUGCUAUUAAAACUCAGCAACUCCCCUCCCCUAUUUCUCUGUAUCACAGCCCUUCAAUGAACUCUGUAGCGGAAGAUUUAUAAUUUUUUGUCCAUCCCAUUUUACUCGGCUGUCUGCUGCAGUCCCACCCAAAGCACAGGAGAGGAAUCCCCCCAAAAGGACUUGUUCCCUCCAUUACUUGUGAUUUGCGGGCAGCGUAGAGUUGCGGGCACCAGAAGGCUGUUGAUGAAUUGAGUCUUCAAAGCUGUGUGACGGAGAGGGGGAGUAAACAAGAGUUUCUCAGGCCUCUUUAAGUAUAACUCAUGGAGUGAGUGUUCCUUCAGGCCCUGCAGGAGAAGCUGAGUGAAAGUGGGUGAAGAAGGAACAGACCCACUGAACAGCACCAGAGAAGAGUCCUUUGGUCCGGUCUGAAGCGAAGGGAUCCAAGAAGAGGCUUUUUCAGUUGAUCCUGAUCAUCAGAAGAAAGACAGACCUACGUUGACGACAGCAGUUGCUCCUAUACCUAUCGGCUUUUCUGCCUCAUCUGUAGAGACAAAUCAUCAGAAUGUCCAGCCAAGGAGAUGACUGCUAUUUCUUUUUCUACUCCACCUGUUCCAAGGGUGACAGCUGUCCGUUUCGUCACUGCGAAGCAGCUCUGGGCAGUGAAACAGUCUGCAACCUCUGGCAGGAGGAACGUUGCUUCCGGAAAGUGUGCAAGUUCCGCCACAUGGAGAUCGAGAAAAAGAGAAAUGCAAUUCCCUGCUACUGGGAGACCCAGCCUGCUGGAUGCAGGAAGUUGAACUGCGCUUUUCACCAUGAAAAAUCACGCAUAAUCGAUGGAGUUUUCAUUCCGGCCAGUCAAACUCCACUCAUGAGAAAAGAAGUCAAUGAGGAGCAGCCCCCAGAGCCUGUUCCCCCAACCCCUGCUCCCUCCAACCCCCCGAACCCCCAGCUCCGAGGGGUGAUCAAGGCAGAGACUUUGGAGAACGUGCCCAGUCCCACCCACCCCCCUGUCGUUAUUAAUGCUGCAGACGAUGAAGAUGAGGACGAUGAUGAUGAGGUCUCUGAUGAAGGAGAGGAUGGUAAAGCUGGGUUGGAGCCCUCUCCUGAUGGUCUCCAGAAUGGCCUGACGAUCACUGGCACAAGAAAACACAUCCCCAUUCCUAACAAAGAUGACUCAUUAAACUUUGGGAUAAAAACACUUGAAGAAAUCCGACUGAGAAAGGCAUUGAAAGCGAAUUUAAGAAAAUCUGGUAAUUACUUAAGUGGUGUCGUUCCUCCAGCCGAGCAGAAGGGCAGGACAGGUCUGGAGAAGGAAAUUGUGAGGUCUGUGGUGAGACCAGCCUUUCUGUCAACAUCAAAGAAAGCAGUUGUCCCGGUCCAUGGUGAUGUUUUCAUGAAACGCAACAUAGCUGAAAGGCUGGGCAAACGAAAGGCAGAACUGGAGGGAGAUGUACUUGUAAAAAAAGUAUUUCCAGUUGAGAGCAACCUUUCCGUGAAGCGCUGUCUUGCUGAGAGGCUAGGCAGGAAAGUGGAUUCUCCAGAGGAAUGUGCAGAUGUCAUCCCCAAUAAAGUUCCGAAGUCAAUGAGGAAACGUCUGGGAUUGCCUGUGGAGCAGCCAGAUACUGAAACAGGGAACGACAAUCAAGGAAAAUGGUCUGGAGUGGUCCGCAUCAAGACUCUUGAGGAGAUCCGACUGGAGAAGGGGGUGAAGACGCAGGGAAAGAGGGAGCAGAACCACCCACAACAGGCCUCAGCCCGGACAGUGAGCCCAGUGAAGAAACCCAACAAACCCCUUGUGAAUGUUCACAUCAAAACCUCUGAAAUCCAGAAGCAGGAACAGCUGGAGGAGCAGCAGAAAGCUGCCAGGAGCCCCCUCCCUGAGACGGCAGCAGCAGCCUCAGACACACCGAGAGAGAGGAAAGAGGCAGCACCAGGGAAAGGGCUGUCUGAGCCGGGGGAGGUCCGGGUGAAGACCCUGGAGGAGAUCCGCAGAGAGAAGGCAGCUCGAAUGCAGCAGAGAGCUGGGAAGGCAGAGAAGACUGAGAACAACCCUGGUGCUGGAGAUCAGAGAGAUGCCGCAGCCACAAGAAGACGGAUCCUGCGUAUUAACAAAGCAGCAGGAGCACUUGGUAAAAAUGACAAAGUGGUAGAGUCCAUGAAGGAGCCUGAAGAACCAGCCCCCGAACCCAGCACCUUGCAGACGAUAACAACAACAAAUGGGAGCAGCAGCGCCCCAGUGGAAAAAGUGUUGGUGAAGAGCUUUGAGGAGAUCAUGAGAGAGAAGCGACUUCGUAAACAGCAGGGAGACUCCUCACCAGCCUCCAUCCAGCCAGACGGGACAACUCCUGCCCCUCUUAAACCAAUAGAGGAGGCUCUAGCCGGCGUCAAACAGGGCCGGCUUUUACCAGCUCCUGCCCAACAAAGAGCAACACAGCCAGCCUCUGCCCAACCAAGAGAACGUGCUCCUGUCUUGCUUAAAAAAAGAGACCAUGUCCCUGCCCGUGUCCAACAGAGAGCGACAUCACCAGCUAGUGUCAAACAGUGUGACACAGAUACUGUUCCUACCUCUGUCACGCAGAAAGAGACCACAUCUGUCAAACAGGGACAGCUUUCCCAAACAUCUGUCCAGCAGAAAGAGACAUCGCCACUGUCUGUCCAACCAAGUAAGAAAGUUCCUGCCUCAAAUAAAAAGAGAGCCACAGUUCCUGUCUCCUUUAAGAUGACAGAGAAAGUCCUUGCUUCAGCUAAACAGCUUUCACCAGCCACUGCUGAAAAGAGAAAGGCUGUACUGGACCCUGUCAUAAAAGAAAAAGCAGUACAGCCUCCAACAGGUCCAAAAGACAGUGCUUCACCAGUGGCCCCAGAGGAGCCCCAGCCUGAUACAGUGCAGCAGGCAAUGGCUGAGAAACCAGCUCUACAGGCACCUGAGCCAAAAGUGAGACCAAAGCUGAAUGUGAAGCCAUCGAUGAUGAAGCCAGCUUCCCCUGUGAGGCUGGGACAGAAACGCAAAGCGCCUGAGAGCCACCCGUCAGCUAUAGCUGCUGUGAAACCCAUGAACAGUGCCCCCUCUACAGAGGAAGAGCAGGAGCCUCCCCACAAGCAGUCUGAGACUGUUGCAAAUUCAGAUAAACCAGAGACAUUGUCCAAAAAAGUCUGUCCUUCUGAGCCACACAAGAAAGCGGCAAAUUCUCUGCAGAAAUUCCCUCUAGCAGAGGCCGAAAGGACUCAACCAGCAGCAGAACAGGGUACCCCAGCGGAAGAGCCCCAGCGAGCUACAGAAAGCGUGGUGGUGGCCAGUCCCUCUGCCCACCCUCAGCGGCCUGCCUAUCAGGCGAGGACUCGCAGGCUGAGCUCAGUGUCCUCGCGGGCCGGCACCUCCCUCAACAGCUCUGCCGCAGUGGACGACUUUGAGGAGUUGAUGAAGGAGUUCUCUGAUGACCGGCUGGAGGACGAGAUCGAGCUGGACCCAGCCAAGGGGGAAGAUGACCUGCUACUGGAGCUCUCUGAGAUGAUCGGCAGCUAGGGAUCUCGUCUGGGAGGGAGGCUGUGAGGGGCUGACUGGGGGGGGUAGUGCACAGGGACCCAAAGGUCACUCUCAAAAAAAAAACAAAAAAAAAAAACAGUUUUUCUUUUAUUCUUAAGAUUCAUGUUUGGAGGGGCUUUUGAGAAUGCAGAGCUAGCGCCACAUACUAAAAAAAAAAAAAAAAAAAGAAAUCCAUCAUCAUAUGGGCUUUAAAUAGCACCCAUCAGCCUUUUUGAGGUCCUUGCACCUCUUGGGGCUUUACAUUUGCUACAAAUGCCCCCACAACCACCACUACUGCUCCUGCCUCCAGUGCUGUCACUACACCAGUCCCAUUUUGAGACUUGUAAUGAAUGCAGAAUGGUUACUACUUGGUUUAACCUCUUCACAUGACUAGCAGUUUGCACUGCUGUAACUGGUGUAAGAGUGUCAGAUUAGUAUUCCUUGCACACUCAGGAUCCCUAAUCAAAGACAAUGGGACAGCAUUUGAUUUAUUUAAUUUUGAGUAACUGUUUCCCAAUUUAUAACUGUCUUUUUCCAGCGAGUUGUUAUAUAGUAUGGUCCCAGUUUCUGUGCAUUUAGCUGUUAAAUGUUUGAGACUUUUACAACCUGUUCCCAAAGGGAAUUCUAAUUGCAUAUUACUUUUUUGUACGUGUUUCACUGUUCAGAAAGAUAAAUUCCCCAGAAACCUAAAGAAAAUACCGACCAAUGUUUUUAUAUUUCUUUUUCGUCUGCAAAAAGGACAAUUUUUUCAUGUGCAAUCGUUCAUUAGAAGUCACCGACUGUUCCACCCGACCAGAAAAAAAAAAAUCUAAAACAGGCUUCAACAUACAGCUCUACAAGACAACUCACAAAUAAACUGCCUAGCUGCAUUGUGCCCCUGCACUGAAACUAUUGUAUACCCAAACAAGUAGUGGUUGUCCUUCAUAGCCAUGGCACAUUUUUUUUUCUUUGGAAUAGAUUUUUGCCCUUUAGAGUUAACAGCUUAAAUGCGAGAAUUUUAGCAGCAGUCAUGUCGGCAAGCAGCCAAGGAAGGAAGGACUGAUUCAAGCACGUGUCCAGCACUUAACACUUUCCUCAUUAAUAAUUUAAGAGGGGAUUGUCUUGUCAAAAGCAAGAAAGAAAAGACUUUUAAAACCGUAGAGAGAAUAAAUAACUUGCUGCAUAAUCCUUAAAUUUAGUAUGAUCUGAUCCCUAAAGAGUCCAGUUUUGUAUCAUGUGCUGUUUAAGUUUUCUUCUUUUCUUUUUUUUAACUGUGAUUGGGGUUUGACUUGAGACGCUGCUGUAAGAUGCCUCUUGUCAGACAAAAGGUUGUAAAUUGAGUUUAAACUUUGAAAUUAGUCCAGAAAGUUAAUGUUGCAUCCAUUUUAAUGUGAGCCCCAUUUACUGUCAGUUUGUGAGACCAGGCUGGACAAACUGGCCACUAUCUAUCCAGAUGUAUUACGUAGAGUGGCAGGGUUGUGUCUCCCCAGUUUCUAUUCACUAUAAUUUGGUUCUUUAGAUACCAAAUGUAAGUUCCUGUCCUUUUUCAAAAAAGAAUAGACUUUUAUUUAAACUAAUAAUGAAAUGUUUUUUAUGUGUAUUUGAGACAAAUUCUUUUUUUUUUCAGUCCUAUCAAGUUGUUUCAAAGAAAAGGAUGAGCUUCUCAGGGAUUACUUGUUUCCAGUCUGUAAUUUUUGUGAUAGGAUCCUAAGAUUCUACCAGAUUCACAUCAGCAGAAUACCUUUGUGUGUAUUGUAAAAAGUGGUAACCUGCUUUCAGAUACUGAAGCAAAUUUGUAGGACUGACCUUGUUUUAAUGGUAAAACCGCUGUUACUUAUUUUAGCUUUAACCCAACCCCUGUUCAGUUGAAAACCAAAAGCAGCAUCUACAUUUCAGUUGUCUGUUUGUUGCUUGUAGGGUGUAGGACAUUUCCAUUGUGCUUCAUCUGAAUUGUAUCAUUUUUUAUUGUUUUCAUUUCAAAUGUUUGUAUGCUACCAUUUAAAAAGUUGUAAAUAAAAAGUUGUAUUCUGCUUUUUUUUUAAA